GUGCGAAAAAUGUGACAAGCCCGUGUUUCAACAGACUCUGCAGAGAAGAGGAAGAAGUGGGUGCACUCGGCCUACGUAGGCGAUGUUAGUAGAGCACUUGGACCAUCCAAGAUGGUAAGGUAGGAACCAAUUCUCUUUGGUCCUAAGGACGCACCAAAAAUUCUCUCCCCACACAGAGAUGCCAUGAUCUCUGAGAUCAACGAUAUGGUGAUACAUCGUAAUUAUGUGGACAAUGGAAGCUCUUUCAACAUCAUGUACAUCAAGAUAUUCGAGGAGCUGGAGCUGAAGAAGGAGCUCUUGCGCAGGGUAAGAACCCCAUUGACGGGAUUCACCGGGUGGCAAUUUUUUAGGCUACCUUAUAAGCAGACGAGGUAUCGAGCACAACCCAAAGAAGGCCAAGGUGAUCUCAAAUAUGGAGCCUCCGCGUUCCAUCAAAGAGGUGCAGCGCUUCACUGGAAAAUGGCAGUGCUUGGUCGAUUUCUGUCUAAAUCGACUGAAAAGAGCUUGUCCUUCUUCGGCACGCUGAAGAAGGUGCCGAAAUUCCAGUGGAGAGCCGAAUGCCAAACAAAAUUCAAAAACUUGAGGAGAGAUGGUGGGGAAGCCCAACGACCCAUCUACUAUGUCAACAAGACAUUGAAGGACAACGAGCUCAGGUACUCGGUCGUGGAGAAGAUGAUUCUCGCCGUUGUCAAUAUGGUCAAGAAGCUCAACAACUACUUCCAGGCUCACGAAGUUGAGGUCCAAAGCCACCAGUCCUUAGGUGUCAUUCUCUGAAACCCCAUGGCAUCAAAUAGGUCGUCAAGUGGUCUGUAUACCUGAGCCAAUACCAGAUCGAGAUGAAGCCUCAGAUAGCAACAAAAGGAUAGACACUUACCAAUUUUAUUGUGGAGUGCAUAGCUCCAAAGAACACAGCUGCACCGACAGCCGAGCAAGGUGAUUAAUGGACCUUGUCCGUGAUGGACCCUCCACAACAAAGGCUUGUGGGGUCC